AUGGACUGUUUCGGAAAGGGUACAUGUUGUGGAAGUCCGGUGUCCUGCAUAUCUACCACCGGAUGCCCAAAGAAAUCCAGACCAACCUCCCAAGGGAUGCCAAGUAUAGACAGCAUCAUUAAGUCAGAGGCCGCGGCAAGUCCUCAGUCCCUGCCAAUAACAAACACGUGGGCUAGCCUGGCAAGAUCUUAUCCACGGCAGGUUACGAGUCAACCACACCAAUCGCCGCCCACUUCGACAUCUGGAAAUCUACAUAGCAGAUCAGAGCCUUAUACAGCGAAAAAAUUCGCCGGAACAUACAUAUCUGCGUCUAAAGACGAGACCAAGCAAGAUUUUAGUGGAGAACUCAUGGAUAGCGCGAUUGACAUGGCGCGCACCGAGAACACGAGCUCGGUGGAAGAUUUUGCUCUAUCAUCCACCAGGAAGAGGAAGUCAGCGACACAUCCCUCCGGGCUUGAUCGUGAUGCCCCGAAACGAAGAAAAGGGGGUGUUCGCUCCGCGGUAGAUGACCAGAAGAGGGGCAGUGGGACCAGAAAGCGAAGGCGGAAUUAUAUGUCCGAGGAGGAGGCCGAGGAAUUUCGUCGUCGGCAGCCAGAAUACUAUCAUGACAAUCGCAAGAAUGUAAUCAGCCAGAUACCACGUUUUACUAGAGGUCAAAAGAAGCGAUCCAAAAAUUUGGUUGAGCCCGCAAAACCUCAACCAGUAUCUGGACUACUAUCGCCGUCCAACAAGAGUCUUUCUGAAGAUGAGACCCAGUCCGAGUUUUCUUUGUACGAAGGUGACCGGUCUGCCAGUUCAGAAUCUGAUGUACAGUGCUCAAGUCAGGCUUCUGAUCAAGAUCUGUCAGAUACACAGAUCGAGAAACGCACCACCUCAGGCAAAGAAGCAAAGUCAAAGCAGCAUAAGGCAAGCAAAGAGAAGCACAUAUUGAAAAUUCGGUCGAAAAAGAAAUAUGGUGUUCAAAGUCCAGAUGUGGAGGUUGAUACCGGUGUUUUGUUAGCGGCUGCCACUGGGAUGUUGGAGCACUGCUGAUUCGCUGCUUAUAGACAGAUUGUAUACCGAAUCGCCGGCCACAACACAGUUUUGUAUUCUCUACCUAUGGAGCUGAACAUGCCCCUGAUCUGAGUUCUGCCUUGAGGAAAGUGUGUGGGUAAUUGGCAUUUUUGUGACACGCUGGACAAUCAUUAGGAACAUAAGGGGUUGCGUCGUCGAUCGCCUUCCGGACAGGAGGUCACAUUCUUGAAUGAGGGGUACAGGUGUAAAUUGACUGCGUUCCGAAUUUGUGUAGUCCCAGUUCAUUUUUCGUAAAGCGACUGAAAAGCGAAGCUCCAAGCUAUCAAUUGGCACACCUGGUAACUGGACCUUAAGCACAAGAUACAGAACGGUCGCAACAGAUAAUUGCCUCGUCAUCCUAUACCUUUGUUGUUCCCAUGCUACAUUGUACAAGACAACUCAAUGGUGGUGUUGAUGGCGAUCUUCAACCACUUUUACCAUUCGAUCUACUUGCGAUAUACAGCACAGAAGUCUUUUUGACACCAGAUCGCAACCAAAGCGUUCCACGGAAUCCUUGAAUGAGAAUUUCCAAAGGCCAUCGCAUCUCCCAUUCCUUCACCAUCGUAUGGCUUGAAGUUCCGGUAGCACUGACGUCAAUGCUAGACUCGCUCCAAUGUGUCUAGUGAUUGCGAGCAUACGUCCGACCAGUACGCCUGCCAGCAAAGGCAAGACAGUUGUGACAACGAGGUUGGUGAUGGGAAACAGUAUUCUCGCAAAGGCAGGCGUAAAGGCGAUAGGAGAGAGCGUGAAGGGUGAUACGAGCAUUUUGUUUUGAUGACAGCUAUUUGGUCAGUUCAUUGAAGUAUGCGUCAAACACAGCUGGAGGAAAGAAGCAAAUUGGGGAAUUAUCGGAAGAAGGGACUGCAGUUCUAAGAAGGUGAGAGGGAGGCCCAAAGAGCGUGUCGGUCAAGCCAGCGCCUCUUUUCUCUCUAAAUCCACAAGUCAAGUGAUUUGAUAUCAAGCAGUCCGUUAUUUCAAAUCAAUGAUACGCGCGAUCGAAGAAUGCCUCUGUGGAUGCCGUUGCUAUUAUGGAUAUCAUCUGUGAUGAGAAGUGGGGGCCGAAAUUGAGGGGUCAAAACUCAGGACCAAACUGAAAGCAAACAUUGCGGCUGCCAGAGAUUCCCAUCUUGAAGGACGACUCGAGCUUUUCUCUUAUCUCCCUUUUGGGCUCAGGACACCGAGGCUUGACUGUUCUUUCAGCAUGAAGGUUGAUGAAGUGAUGUUGGCGCCAUUUGAUGUGGA